AUGCAGAGAGGCGUGAAACGCGGUAUGCCGCUCUUUGAAGAGCAGGAGAUGGCAGAGGAGAUGUAUUGCCGUCUCAGCAACAUCAGCUCAGACUGUCAUUGGGUAUCUCGCUAUCUCGCCGGUGCCUAUCCAGAGAACAGACUAUGCCCACGAGGACGCGAUGAACUGCUCCGUAUCCACGAGUACUCGGAACUCGUAGUCGAUGCGCUCGCGGCCUACUACGGAAUAUUGUGCACCGUCGUCAGAGCCAUCCGCUCCGACCAUGCAACAUUUGACUCGUCCUGCGCCGACCUGAUCACCCGCUACGAUGCCCUACAGCGUAGCCUGGAGCAGACAAUCACGUCCGGCGCGCAGCUGCUGGACACCCUGGCGGACUUCAAGCAGUACGUCGUUGGAAGGUUCUCGUAUCCGCCCUUCACCCAUUUUGUGGUCAUGAAUAUCCUGGGACCGAGCUGGACGCCCCGAGAAAAGGCCUGCGCCAUCGUUCCUCCGAAGGUUCAGGAGAUGUUGGAAGAGGUCGAGGCGGGCGUGGCUUUAGCUGCUCGGCUCAAAUUGUCAGUUUCCGGCGUACGAGAACCGCGCGGAAUGCAGCAAGGCGCAAUCGGAGAUUUCGUUCCGCUGUCCACCUACAUGCCUCUCUAUAUAGAGCAGGAGAUCGCCGGAGAGAUGUACGGCAACCUCACCCGUAUCGACUUCGCCUGCCAUUGGGUGGACCAAUUUCUCUCUGGCGCGACUCCUGAGAACGUGCUAUGCGCGCGAGGUCAGGAGGAGAUGCGCCGUCUUCACGAAUAUGCCAAUCUGAUAGUUGACGCGCUUGCGGCUUUCCACGACAUCUUGAGCACUGCCGUAGAUGCCAUCCUCUGCGAACCUGACUCGUUCGACGCCACUGGCACCAAGCUCAUCACCCAAUACGAUGAUCUGCAGAGCAACUUAGAGCGCAUCAUCACUUCUGGUGGGCGGCUGCUCGAUUCGCUGCUGGACUUCAAGCAGUACGUCCUCGACACCUUCUGUUAUUCCUCUGCCAUCCGUUCCUUCGUCGCGAAAAUUCUGGGCCCAACAUGGACGCCAAAGGAGAAGGCCUUCUUCUACGUCCCACCCAAAAUCCAGGAGAUUUGGGAAGAAGUUGAGUCUAUAGUGGCUCUGGCCGCUCGAUUGAGGGAGUCCGUAGCAGGGCUGCGAGAGCACUUCUCGAUGGCCAAGCUCAGAGAGGCGAGGGAGCUCGAUGCGGAGGCCCGACAUGAGCUGGGGAUGCUGGUCGACGACGCUGCAUUCGCCGUUUACUCGUACACCACUAGUGCACGCGAAACAGCGGCGCGUAUAGUGAGCGGGUUCGCUGCCAUCUUAUACAAGGCUCCAAACAACACGAUGAGCGUGACUUUCGACGAUACAUCAUACGAGCUCAGCCUAGAAAGGUGCCGUCACUCGAUAGGCGUGAACCCCGGGGUAAGGCUCUCUCACUCGAUGCCGCUUUACGAGGAGCAGGAAAUGGCCGAGGAGAUAUAUCGCCGCAUCAGCCGUCUUAGCUCAGACUGUCAUUGGGUAGUGCGCUAUCUCGCUGGCGCCUAUCCGGAACACAAACUAUGCCCACGAGGACUGGAAGAAAUGCGUCGCCUGCACGUGUACUCCAAACUCGUAGGCGAUGUGCUAGCAGCUUACUACGAAGUCGUGUGCACCGUCGUAGACGCCAUCCGCUGUGAACCAACAUUAUUCAACUCGACCAGCGCUAAAUUGAUCGCCCGCUACAAUGUUCUACAACUGAGCUUGGACGACAUCAUCACUUCCGGUGGGGAACUGCUGGACUCGCUGGCGGACUUCAAGCGAUACGUUUUCGACAAGUUUGCCUAUCCUCCCAUCAUCCAUUUUCUCGUCAUGAGCAUUCUGGGCCCGAGCUGGACGCCUAGGGAGACAGCCUUCUCCGUCGUCCCUCCUAAGAUCCAGGAGAUAUCGGAAGAAGUCGAGUCAGGCGUGGCUUUGGCUGCUCGGUUGAAGGCAUCCGUAGCAGGGCUACAUAUCCUGGACAUACGUGUCGACCUCGGGAUAGUGCACGCCCAGCCCUCCGUCGAGCGCCUCAGCAUACUGCGAGAACUUCUUCCUCCAACGCGCCAGAAGCACCGCGAGAAUGCUACGACGAACGCCAAGCUCGCUCGCGUUCUAGAUGGACACGUUGGUCGUCUCGCAUGGCGGAUGUGUGGCGUGGUCGGUGCAUGUUCGACGAUCUGGUUAUGCACGCGGCAGAAGCUGUUCCUCGCCCUGUCAACCCCGCCAUUCCGCGCCCUCCCCCAACUCAUCCUGCCAGCCCGCUACUCGAGUAUGGGCAGGGAUCAGGCCUCGCACCUAUUGUCGACCAUCGCGUCGAGCUUGCCGUCCGCGUCGGCGGUCGAACUACGCCGCGUCGAGGUAGCAUGCGACACCAACGACGGACGAGGAUCGCGUCGGAGAGGUGCCGGGUGCGACGAGAUGAGAGACGGCGACAUGAUGGACGAUGACGCGCUCCCGGUGGUCUGCCCGCCGAUGCUUGACGCGGCGGUGCAGAAGCCCGAGCAGCGCGAUGGUAGCCAGCCGUACGGGUACUCGCGAAGCAUGGGCGGGCUACUGAGUAAGAGCGCGAACAAUGGUAGCGAGAGCGACUGCGUAUGCUUUGGCGACUGCUCUCGCUUGAAUGAAAAGCCGAGCGCGCGACGACGUACGUCCAGCUCCAAGCUCGCAAGGUCAAACCGGUCCAAAGACGGUGACUACAUGCGCGACGACGACGGACAGACGCCCCUUGAGCUUGCUCUCGCGGGCGGGUUGAGGGUUGAGGGUUGUGCAGCAUCUGUGCGCUCUGUGAGGGUUUCGGGCGGCUGCGUCUGGGAGGCUCCCAUGCGAGUCGUAGAAGCUCUUUUCAUGGAGCUGCGUGUGCGUGCCCAACCAGCGAUGUCAAUACCUACCCAAAUCGACGCACCCCUCUUCUCUGGUUUCUCGUCCAUCAAGGAUACUAAGCCUCGGGAUGCAAUCUCUGCCGCUCCGGGCACCAGCGCCAGCUACGCGGACGUCCACCGCUCUGGGGGCUUGCUCUUAGCAAUGAGCACAGCGCUUGUUCUCUUUGCAUGUGCGUCAGAAAUUUUGAGUCUCCCGCUUCAGCUCGUAUCUGUCUUCACGGUCGCGCACACGUCAGCUUCGGCGGCGCCUCGGAAAACCAUCGCUUGUCGGAUAUACCGCGAGCAUACCAAUUUCAUCAUGAUGCUCUCGGCUUUCUAUGGCAUCCAUGUUGCGGUCUAUCUGGCAGCCAUCUCUACGCUUGCACGUCGAACCUCGAACGGCUACUUCCUCCUGAUAAUCAUCACGCUGCUUUUCGUCGUCUCGACUGUAUGGUUCAUGGUCAACUUCCAUCUCGAAAUCGCCGUAGCGCUAGCGGCGUUUCGGCCGGAUGUCUACGAUAUCCUUCGCCACGUCGCCGCUCCCUUGCUGGUAAUCGUGAGGAUUAACCAUGUUCUGUCGGACGUCGUUGUCGUCUGGAGGGCGUGGAUCCUGUGGCCGCGAAGCAAUCGGGUCCGCACGGUACUCGUCGGCGCCAUAGUAUGCACGGCGUCCGGAAGUAUCGCCGAACUCGCAUAUUCGUACACGAAGUUUGGCUGGAUGGCUUAUGCUGCGAAUCUUCCUGAGCAAAGUGCCAACUACUCGCGCGCCUUCCUCACCAUUCUUCCUGUCAUCCUCACAAACGUUCUCUCGACUGCUUUGGUGGGCUACAAGGUCUGGGAGUACCGGCGCAACGUCAAAUCCUCGCUCGGCGGUGUAGCCCAAACACGAGUGGAGAAAAUCCUCCUUUUGCUAGUCGAGUCGGGCGUAAUCUACAGCGCUAUCUGGAUAAUCUACUUAGCAGUCGUUCUCGCCGACAUCAACGGCGCCUUCGACAGCGACCUUACACAUAUGGGACCAGCGGCGAUGAUGGGGCCUGUGAUGCCGGCCAUAGCGGGGAUAUACCCCACCGUCGUCGUCAUCAUCUCUGCGGCACAAAGCUCGCCAACACAUUAUAUUCCAACUGUUCAUAUCGGCGAGACGAUCCGUACCGGCAUGACAAGCACACGACGCGAAUCGGCCUGGGGUGGUCGACGUGCUUCUCUACUCGGCGUCGGACGCGACGACAGCUCGACUUCGGAAACCUUGAUGCUGGCCUCCCUGAGUAGGAAGAGCACAGCGACUUCCUUCGUGAAUAGGGCAUUGGACUUGGUUGGCAUGUCGCUUCUCCUAUACGACUAUGCCAUCACUAUAGGCGAGUGUAUCUUCCUCAGCCUGUACUUCCGGAGCCCGAUGCAGCAUCUAACGACAUGUCAAAAAAUCAACUACAUCGAUUCGGCCUGUGUUGCUGCCAUUCAGGUGGCCGUCUCCGCUGGGAUCGCCGUGUCUGGGUGGGCUGUCGCCAACCAAGACGGAGACUUCGACUUACGAAAACUCAAGAAUGGGAGCGGAAUGAGCUGUCUCGUCCUAUACGUACCCGACUCGAGCGUGCACUGGAUGUCCGCGGUGUGGAUUAUCUUAAUGGUCUUCGACCUCAUUGUGUUCGUGCUGACGGCGUUCAAAACCAUGGAAGCCGUGCGUGAGCCGAAGAUGGCGCUUUCGCGCGUCCUGUUACGAGACGGUUGCUACGGUAAGGUCACAUACAUCCAUAUCUCCGAGGCUGCCUCGGAACAUUGGCCAACAGAUCACCCGCUGCCGUCUCUUCACUCUUCCUCCACCUCUUCGCUCGACCCCCGACGACGCGAGCGCAGAACUCCGCCAGAGAUGGCCACGGGACUAGAAGCGCAAAUGAAGCUCGCGGCGCUCGCCGUGCAGUCCGUGCUCUUUGGGAUCUACAUCGCUCUCGUUCUGGCGAUGAUCUAUCUCUUGACCCUUCGCCCGCAUUCGGAGACGGUGCGCCGCACCGGCAGACUGGGCGAGCGGCUUCUCUUUGCUGGCUUGAUCAUGCUAUCAGCGAUGAUCACCGGCCAAUGGAUCUGCAUCGUCAUCCGCGCCUUUCAAGCGUUCAUAGUUUGGGAAGGCGGACAGCACGCGGAUUACUUCUACGCCAACAUCACGGGCCCGAGCGAAGUCUUAAGAUCCGCUUUCCACAGCGCCACAGUGACCAUUGCAGAUCUAUUUGUGGUUGCACGCGUAUAUGUGAUCUGGAAUCACAAGAAGAGCGUGAUCAUACUUCCAAUCACCGCUCUCCUUCUCCUUCUCGUUUCUGCGGUCGGAGUGACAUACGCAUACGGCGCAUACGAGAUGAUGGAUCCCGCCACGCUGACUUCACUCCAUCGGUGGAGGAUGGCUCAGUCCGUCCUGACAAUUUGUAUCAAUGUCUAUUGUACAGUCGGCCGUGUCCAGCGACAAGCUGCGCAGUUCAGCGGUAGCAGAUCAGUUAGGUCCGUAGUUACCAUUAUGGCCGAAAGCGCCGCCUUCUACACCUUCAUCGUCCUCAUCGCCCAGAUCACCUACGGCACCAACCACGUCUCGAACUACUUCUUCAACGACUGCAUCCCGCCCGCGGCCGCGCUCGCCGCCGUCCUCGUGCACGUGCGUGCGGUGUUGGGAAGGGGAGGAGGGCAGGAGGGAGAUGCGGAAAUGGCGCCGGUGGAGGGGAGGAGAGUAUCGCAGUCGUGCGUGGAUCUGAGGGACGUGCCGAAGGCGGUUAUUCGCUGA